ACCAAGCUGCAAAACUGCGAGAGAAGCGGUGAUUGAAGGGGAGAGAGCAGAGCGGCGGCGGCGACGACGGCCAUCUUAGAGCUACCGUGGUAACCGACACUCAUCUCCUGGAUUUUAUUUUUCAUUUUAAGAGAAACUCUCCCGGCUGACUGACCAGAGAAGAAGAAGGUCGCAUUUCAAUUCGCCGCGGUUGAACUCGAAGUCGGGAUGCGGUUCCGAGGGAAUACACAAUUUGCAUCCGCUGUCGGACUGGUCCUCGGACUAUUAUGUGCGGUGGAGGCAGCUAAAGUCAAUAAGCACAAGCCCUGGAUCGAGACGACAUACCAUGGGAUUGUAACGGAAAAUGAUGACAAAGUACUUCUGGACCCCCCUCUAAUUGCGCUGGACAAGGAUGCUCCCCUACGCUACGCAGAGAGUUUUGAGGUGACCCUCACUGAAGAAGGUGAGAUUUGCGGCUUCAGGAUCCAUGGGCAGAAUGUCCCCUUUGAGGCAGUGGUCCUGGACAAGUCCACUGGCGAGGGGGUCAUCCGGGCCAAGGACAAGCUGGACUGCGAGCUGCAGAAGGAGCACACCUUCACAAUCCAAGCAUAUGACUGUGGUGAGGGUCCCGAUGGUGCCAACAUGAAGAAAUCCCACAAGGCCACUGUGCACAUCCAGGUGAAUGACAUCAAUGAGUAUUCACCGGUCUUCAAGGAGAAGUCCUACAAAGCCACCGUCAUCGAGGGAAAGAAGUAUGACAGCAUCUUGAAGGUGGAGGCGGUGGACGCUGACUGUUCCUUCCAGUUCAGCCAAAUUUGUAACUACGAGAUCGUCACCCCUGAUGUGCCCUUCACUGUUGACAAAGAUGGUUUCAUCAAGAACACAGAGAAGCUGAGCUAUGGCAAAGAGCGCAUGUACAAGCUGACUGUGACCGCCUACGACUGUGGAAAAAACCGCGCCUCUGAGGAUGUUCUGGUCAAGAUCAGCGUCAAGCCCACCUGCAAACCCAGCUGGCAAGGAUUCAAUAAGCGGAUUGAAUACGAGCCUGGCACAGGUAGCCUGGCCCUUUUCCCCAGCAUGCACUUGGAGACCUGUGAUGAGCCAAUCACAUCCAUCCGAGCCAAUAUUGAGCUGGAAACCAACCAUAUUGGGAAGGGGUGCGACCGUGAUACCUACUCUGAGAAGUCUCUGCACAAGCUGUGUGGAGCUAGCUCCGGCACUGUGGAGCUCCUGCCUGCACCCAGCAGCUCUGCCAACUGGACAGUCGGACUGCCCACUGACAAUGGACAUGACAGCGACCAGGUUUUUGAGUUCAAUGGCACCCAGGCCAUCAAGGUUCCUGAUGGCAUGGUGAGCACCAGCCUGAAGGAGCCCUUCACCAUCUCUGUGUGGAUGAGACAUGGCCCCGGGGCCCAUGAGAAGGAGACCAUCCUGUGCAACUCUGACAAGACAGAGAUGAACAGACACCAUUACUCGCUCUACGUCCACAACUGCAGGCUGAUCCUUCUUCUCCGCCAGGAUCCAUCUGAGGCAGAGAACUACAAACCAGCCGAGUUUCACUGGAAACUUGAUCAGGCGUGUGACAAAGAGUGGCAUCACUAUGUGCUGAAUGUGGAGUUCCCCACCGUGUCUCUGUUUGUCGAUGGCACUACCUUCGAACCCUUCCUGGUCACAGAGGACUACCCACUGCACUCCUCCAAGAUUGAAACUCAGCUCACCAUCGGAGCCUGCUGGCAAGACAACUCAGGACAUGACAAUGACACUGAGUCAGUCUCUGAGCCCACCUCAGGCGGAAAUGCUCGGAUGGCUCAGUUUUUCCGGGGGAACCUUGCGGGGCUGAUGAUCCGCUCUGGCAAGCUGGAGAACAAGAAGGUGAUCGACUGUUUGUACACCUGCAAGGAAGGCCUGGACGUGCAGUUGCCGGAGGAGGUAGCUUCAGCUGUCAAGGUGGAGUUCAAUCCUAACCAGUCCUCGCUGACUGUGGAGGGUGACGACAUUGACGCCUUUGAUAAGGUCAUGCAGCACAUCUCCUACUUGAACUCCCGCCAGUUCCCCACCCCUGGCAUCAGACACCUUCGCAUCUCCACCACCGUCAAAUGCUUCAACGAGGAGUCCUGCGUUACGGUUCCUGAUGCUGAAGGUUACGUGAUGGUGCUGCAGCCUGAGGAGCCCAAGAUCAGCCUGAGCGGCAUCGACCACUUUGCCCGCAGUGCCGCCGAGUUUGAGAGCCAGGAAGGUGUGACGCUGUUCCCCGAGCUGCGCAUCGUGAGCACCAUCACCCGCGAGGUGGAGGCAGACACUGAGUCUGAAGCUGCAGAGGGAGCUGACGAUGACCCCACGGUCCAAGAGACAGUGGUGUCAGAAGAGAUUAUGCACAACCUGGACACAUGUGAAGUGACUGUGGUGGGCGACGAGCUGGACGGGGAGCACGAGAGUCUGGAGGUGGACAUGUCCCAGCUGCAGCAGCACGGCCUGGAGAUGAGCUCCUCCAACCUGGGCCUCGUCAUCAGCGGUGUGAACACCAUGGCCAACUACGAGCAGGUCCUGCAUCUUGUCCGUUACAAGAACUGGCACACAGAGGCUCUCUUUGACAGGAAAUUCAAACUGGUCUGCUCUGAACUCAACGGUCGCUACAUCAGCAAUGACUUCAAGGUCGAGGUGAAUGUAAUCCACACAGCCAAUCCUGUGGAGCACGCCAAUAAUGCAAUGGUGCAGCCUAACUUCAUUAACCCCGUGCAUCAUGCCUCUGUGGAUCUAUCCGGCCACAACCUGGUCAAUGCUCACCAGGCCUCAGUGGUUCCCAGCGCAGCUACCAUCGUCAUCGUGGUGUGUGUCAGCUUCCUGGUGUUUAUGAUCAUCCUGGGCGUGUUCCGCAUCCGGGCUGCACACCAGCGCACUAUGAGAGACCAGGAGAGCGGCAAGGAGAACGAGAUGGACUGGGAUGACUCAGCGCUCACCAUCACCGUAAACCCCAUGGAGACUUACGAGGACCAGCACAGCAGCGAGGAGGAGGAGGAAGAGGAGGAGGAGAGCGAGGACGGAGAGGAGGAAGACGAUAUCACGAGCGCUGAGUCAGAGAGCAGCGAAGACGAGGAGGCCGGCGAGCCGGAGGACCAGCAGGGGGCCAGCAGACAGCAGCAGCUGGAGUGGGACGACUCCACCCUCACCUACUAGAACACCACACACACAGAGAAACACAGGCAUAACAACACAAGCUCACGCACACACAUCACUGACUGACACUCACUGUUCCACACACUCACACCUCCUUCAGUUUCAUGUCCAAGGAGCCAUGAUGUAAAAAAGAGAAAAAAAAAAAAAAAGAAAGAAAAUUUCCUUCAGCGUAUAUAUGGUCAAGGUUUUCCUGUCGUUAUCUUAGUGGUGGUACUCAGUGUAGUGUAGUCAUCACCGGAUUGCUGAUUUUUACUGUUUAUUUUUUUAUUUAUUUUAAUUCCUAGGAAAACUUGGCCUACAUUUUGUUUUGAAUUGUGUGAGGAAGCCAACCCUGCACUUUUUGUUUUCUCUCAGACGUAAGGCUUUCAAACAGAAAUUUGUUUCCCCUGAUGUAUAUUCUUCUUUGAGUAACGCUUUUAGAUUUGUUUGCCGCUAAACACAAGUAUAGCUUUGACUUGAGUUCUCUUGACUUGUAGUCCACAGUGAAAUGAAACAACGCUUUUAACAAGUAGACCGCAUUUUCUUUUUUUUUCUCCUUUUAGUGCAUGAGGAUAUUUGAGAAGUCAUACGUGUAGAGAAAUAAAUUGCUUUUUAAAGAUUUUGUAAAUAUAAAGAAACCAUGUAAUUAGUCGAUGUGUUAGUGAAGGCCUACUCAAUGGGGUCCAAUAUCUAAAAAUGACGCAGUAUGUAAUGUAGAAUAUUUGUGUCACAGAGGCUGUAGCAUGUUGCUAAAAUCUCAGCAAAAAGCUGUUCCAUCAUGCUUGUACAAAAAUGUCUGCUUCACGAAGAGAAACCCAGGACUGUUACGCGGAGGUUUCCACAACAAAAUGGUGUCCAUUUUGUCUUUUUUUUUCUUUUUUUCUUUUUUUCCCGCAAAGAAGAAAAUGAUUUCUGUUGCUUUCUCGUAGGCAGGACUGGUCGAUGGUUUCAGCUUCAUACAUGCUUUGCUUUGCUUGCACAGGUGGCAACGCUCUACUCCAGGCGUCAGUGUAUUCCAUUCCCAGUAGAUCUCACUGUUGUACAGAGGGGAUUUUCUUUUUGUUCAGGGUAAUCAUACUCAGAGAAACGCUAAUGUACAAAUACGCGUGGAACGGUACAAAUACCAGGCCAGCAGGUACUGUAGUGCUGUCGAUCUGGAAAUAUGGGUACUAACAUUUCUGCCAGUGUGUUUGGACAAGUCGAGAGAUUUUCCUCAGCAGCUUUAAAAGCCUUUCGUCCGUAUCCCGGUCCUGCUGUGCUGACAGAGGUAGGAAGGAAAACAACCCUUCAGACUACUGCAGGAGCAGAUUUAUGACAGACAGCGCUUUAGCGAGGCCUGGUUGAAUAGUGCAGUUUCCGGCAUUGUUUUGGGGGAGGGAAGUGAAAUGAAAGUACUUUUUCAGGAUUGCUUUGUUGCAAGUUUAUUUACAGCUGAAAUGAAAAAAGCAUAUAUUAGACGCAUUUUUAAACUGGUUUCCUAUUGCGAAAUAAGCACCGUCUUUACUGUUGACUGCAUAGUUUACCAUAAGAAAACACUUUGAAAAUGAAUCUUCUUCUUGUUUGAAUCUUAAAAAUGAAAUAUUUUUUUGCAGUAGACCACUAGAUUUUAUUGUACAUGGAACUAUACUGUAGAGUUGUUCUAAGAUAUUUGUUUACAUUUGGUAAACUUAUUUUCCUUCUGGUGUUAGUAUAAAGCUUAUACAAUUGAUUGGGAAAAUGUGUCCAACCUCUUAUCUUCUCUCAGACACCUGUUGUCCAUCGCUGUUGUAUAUAUUUUUAACAAAAAACAGACACAAAACGUACCUUCACACUUAACUAUGUAGUGUUUUCUCUCUCUCAUGUUUUCAGGUAAACAUUUCCCAAACCUGCAUUAACGAAAGCAGAUCAGAUUUAGGGGGUUUGAACAGAAUGUUUCAGGAUUAGAAAUGUGGUGUUCUUGCAUGCGAGGUGAUUUUCAGAGGCCAAAAUUCAGAAAACACAUUCAAUGCUCUUUUUGGAGGCAAUUUCCAGGCUACUUUCAAGGGUUUGAAUCGCACAGUUGUGUCUCUUAGGUUUGAUUAAUUUAUAAUUUUUUAAGAGGUCUGUGGUGGAAAUGUAGUGAGAGUCUCCCCUCUAUGAUGACUUGGACUUUUUAAAAAAGGGGGCCAGGUCUGAGCCGGCUGAGAUGGGAGUGCCUUUUUCCGAUCAUAGCGCAGUUUAGCAGGUCUAACAAAAACACUCAUCUGUGCUCUUUUUAUUUGUGGCAAUUGUUUUGUUUUUUUUAAAAUUCGUGUUUGUUUAAUUAACGCUAGAUUUUCUUACACCGCUGGGGGAUUCUAUUUUCUUUCAGUUUGUUGUACAAAUAGUUCACCGCUAGUUUUAUUAAAAGUGACAAAAAAAAACCUUUUACAUAGAUGUCAUGUGUCCAUGUUGAUGUGUAGAGGAAGUAGAUCCAUAUUGUAUCUUCUAUAGAUAUUGUACUAAAUCAUUGACGGAAUCCACCUUUAAAAAGAUGUACAGAACAUUAUGAAAUUGCUUUGGCAGCAUACAUGGGUAUACUGUUAAUUCACCUAUUUGUGUAUAGUGGAAGGUAAUUUUGAACUGUGUCCUAUCGCCUGAGUUGUUGAGAAAUGAUUUGGAGGGCAGCAUGAAAUUCACAAGAAGCAGUUCGAAGCCUCUCGGUUUCAUUAUGUCAAACACUUGAUGUCCACGUUUCAUCUACGAUUGAAAAAGUACAGUACCAUGGGUCACUGAUACGUGCACGCUGACUCUCGAGUCUGGUCUCCACAGUGACUCCACCAUCUCCAAUUUUCUGGGUUUAACGCUUUCCAGUCAGCCCCUGAGCAAAGUGUAAGUUGGUUGAAUUGAAUGUCACUGCCUAACAAACUGAAACGCAGCCAUACUGUAAUAACACUAAGAUGUAAGGGGAAUUUACUUUGCAUGAACCACAACUUUGUGUACGUUCCAUGUGGGGUUUGUCAGAAUGGAGCGAGAAAGAAGACGUGAUACACUACUGAUUCUCAGAUUGUCAUGUUUCACACGUCCGGAUAUAUUUUUUUUGUUUUUGUUUUUUUUUUUCGUUUUGUUUUUGGUUUUAUUUUGAAAAUUUGCUCAAAAUCGAAGGUGACAAUGUUUUCAGAACGGUUGAAUGCUUCCUUUGUUCUUGUUGGAGCUGCUCUCACUUUUCUACCAAUUGAAAGGCAACGUGUAGUGAAGUUGAUGCUUGCUCGUAACAAAAUAAAGGAUGAUGAGAUGGGGUAUAA